AUGUCGACCGUCUUUGAUAGUGUACGGUGGAUCACACAGAUCGUGCUCAGUGCCAUCUUUAUCAGCUACGCUCUAGCCGCGGGCAAUGAAGGCGAAUCGUGUGCGUACGGCAACGAGCCCGGAAUCUGCCGCGGCUACACCCUCUGUCGGCCAUUACUCGAAAGAUCGCGAAUAGUGAAGAUAUGCGGCUAUACUCCCCAACAGGCGAUCGUUUGCUGUCCGGUGGAUUACGUACAACAAUUGCAGCAACUAAACAACCCCAACCAGCGCACCAGCGAACGGAUGUGUCGGAAGUACCAGGGCCCAUCCAGUUCCUCCGUGCUAUUAGGUUCAUUAGCGGUCGGAUCAUCCGUAGUGAAAGUGAAACCACGCAAUCAAUGCCCGACCGAUCAGAACCUUAUCGUCGGUGGUACGGAGGCUCGUUACGGCGAGUUUCCUCACAUGGCCCGGUUGGCCAUGCCGGACGAAAACGGUAACAUGGCGUUCCGUUGCGGUGGCACACUCAUCAGUGAGCAGUGGGUUAUGACCGCGGCCCAUUGUAUCGAGUCGCAAACGAUCAAGGUUCGGCUGGGUGAGCUAAAGGAGGGUGAAUAUGAAAUUAGCGACCCGGUCGACGAACAGGUGAUACAGAUCGUGAAGCAUCCAAACUACAAAUCGCGCACCGUGUACAACGAUAUAGCGCUACUGCAGCUGGCCAACCCGGUAUCGUUUUCUACGAGCAUUCGGCCAGCUUGUCUGUACACCUCGCCAACAGUUGACCGCACGAAAGCGUUAGCCAUCGGGUUUGGAUCUACGGAAGCAUAUGGCGUUGGCUCGAAGGAGUUGCUGAAAGUAACACUGGAUGUGUUCACAACGCCUGCCUGUGCCGUGUUCUUCCAGCGCAACCGUCGCGUACCGCAGGGUCUUCUAGAUACGCAUCUGUGUGCAGGCUACCUGGCCGGUGGCCGGGACGCCUGUACCGGUGACUCCGGUGGUCCGCUGCAGAUCAGUACAAAUGAUGAGGCCUGCGUGGCGCAGAUUAUCGGUGUCACCUCAUUCGGUAUAGGAUGCGGUUCGAAGACACCCGGCAUAUAUACGCGCGUGUCGGAGUACGUAAGCUGGAUCGAAAGUAUUGUGUGGCCGACGGAGAGUGGAUCUUCGGACGAUAACCACCUUGGAAAAAUGUUCAACAACCUUAUCGUCGGUGGUACGGAGGCUCGUUACGGCGAGUUUCCUCACAUGGCCCGGUUGGCCAUGCCGGACGAAAACGGUAACAUGGCGUUCCGUUGCGGUGGCACACUCAUCAGUGAGCAGUGGGUUAUGACCGCGGCCCAUUGUAUCGAGUCGCAAACGAUCAAGGUUCGGCUGGGUGAGCUAAAGGAGGGUGAAUAUGAAAUUAGCGACCCGGUCGACGAACAGGUGAUACAGAUCGUGAAGCAUCCAAACUACAAAUCGCGCACCGUGUACAACGAUAUAGCGCUACUGCAGCUGGCCAACCCGGUAUCGUUUUCUACGAGCAUUCGGCCAGCUUGUCUGUACACCUCGCCAACAGUUGACCGCACGAAAGCGUUAGCCAUCGGGUUUGGAUCUACGGAAGCAUAUGGCGUUGGCUCGAAGGAGUUGCUGAAAGUAACACUGGAUGUGUUCACAACGCCUGCCUGUGCCGUGUUCUUCCAGCGCAACCGUCGCGUACCGCAGGGUCUUCUAGAUACGCAUCUGUGUGCAGGCUACCUGGCCGGUGGCCGGGACGCCUGUACCGGUGACUCCGGUGGUCCGCUGCAGAUCAGUACAAAUGAUGAGGCCUGCGUGGCGCAGAUUAUCGGUGUCACCUCAUUCGGUAUAGGAUGCGGUUCGAAGACACCCGGCAUAUAUACGCGCGUGUCGGAGUACGUAAGCUGGAUCGAAAGUAUUGUGUGGCCGACGGAGAGUGGAUCUUCGGACGAUAAGUUGCGAUUCAGCUAA